AGUAAGUCUAAUUUGUGGGGAUGUUUGCUCCUUUCUUUCCAGUGUAUGAUGUGUCGGGAGCCGCUAGCGACAGAAACUGCGUCGUCCUCAGUGACAUCCACAUUGACAUCAUGGACUACAUCCAGCCUGCGUCCUGCACUGAUGCAGAAUUCAGACAGAUGUGGGCAGAGUUUGAGUGGGAAAACAAGGUGACAGUGAACACCAACAUCACUGAUCUGAACGAGUACCUUCAGCAUAUCCUUAAGUCCACCAACAUGAAGUGUCUGACUCCUGAGAAGGCGCUGUCGGGCUUCUGCGGCUUCAUGGCUGCCAACCUCUAUGCUCGUUCAAUCUUUGGCGAAGAUGCCCUGGCUAACGUCAGCAUCGAGAAGCCCAUCCACCUGGGGCCUGAUGCUCCUGUCAACGGACACAUACGCAUUAGAGCCAAAAGUCAGGGGAUGGCCUUGAGUCUCGGAGACAAAAUCAACCUCUCCCAAAAGAAGUCAAAUGUCUGAGACAACUCUGGUCCAGCUGACCCUUCUGCUGUUCUCUUUCAUCCUCCAUCUUACAGUCUUUUCAUCACAGCUAAUUAAGAACUCUAUAUGGUCAGUGGCUUUCCGCUGUUUUCUUUCUUUCUUUUUUUUUUUUACAUCACCUCUGUCUGGAAACUAAAUUUCAGUAAUGUUCUUUCUCUGUCCUGUUUAAUUUUCAAUAAACUAUGUAUUAAAAGAAA